AUGCCGCGUACAUCAUUCAAUGGUUGGAAGUAUUUUUUAUUAAUAAUAUGUUUCUUUUUUAUUGGUUUUUUUCUUGGUUUACAUUAUUGGGAAUUUAUUCUUCGAAAUGAUUGUUCAUCAUCAUAUUUAUCAUUUUUUCCAAAACCAAUAAUUAUUAAAUCAAUGCCAUUUUAUAAUCAUUUUCAAUAUCGAACAAUUCAUACAUGUCAAAAUCAAACAUCAAAUAUAUUUUUAACUAUUGCUGUUUUAUCAUCACAUGAACGUUUAUUAGAAUAUUUACCAGCUAUAUUUGAAACAUGGUUAUUAACAACAACAAUUGAAAUUGAAAUAAUUAUAUUUCUUGAAGAAAAAUCUUUAAAUAUAGAAAAUUUUAUAGAAAAAUUUUUUUUUAAAUCAAAUCAAAAUAUUCAAUCGUGUUGUUUUAUUGUUAAAUUAAAACAUGUAGAAAAUGAAUAUCCACCACAGAAAAAAAGUUUCUAUGCUAUGAAAUUUCUUUAUACAUAUUAUCGACAUAGAACAUCAUGGAUAUUACGUUUAGAUGAUAAUGCUUAUGUUAAUAUUCCUGAUUUAAUUAAAUGGCUUAAAUCAAUUGAUCAUCAACGAGCUUUAUAUAUAGGACAAGGUGGUACAGGAAGAAAAAGUGAAUCGACUAUUUAUUUUCCACCGGGAAAGUAUUUUUGUAUGGGUGGAAGUGGAGUAAUACUUUCACAAAAAACUCUUAUACAAUUAGGACCAUGGCUUGAUCAAUGUUUUAAAUCAGAACUUCGUACAAAUCAUGAAGAUGUUGAAUUAGGUCGAUGUAUUUUAAUACAUGUUCAUAUUGAUUGUACUAAUGCAUAUAAUUCAAAAUUGUUAUUUUAUCAUCAUUAUGGUCCUAGUUAUUUAUUUGGUUUUGGUUUUACACCAUCGAUUGUUUCUCGAGCAUUGAUCCUUCAUCCAAUUAAAAAUCGUACAAUAUUUCAACAAUUAUAUAAAUUUUAUUAUCGAGAACAACAAAAAAAACUUCAAUUAUCUACAUGGAAAUCAUCAAAUAAACAAAAUUAUGUUACAUUUUUAAAUAAUAUGGAAUUUGAUCUUGUACGAGAUAUACAUUAUCAAUUAAUUGAUGCACGUUGGAAAUCAUAUAUUAAUACAAGUGUUCAAUCUUAUAUAGAACAUUUACAGAAACUUUGGCAUCAACGUUCUAGUAAUUGGACAGUGACUAAUGGUAAAUUUUUGUUAGGUUAUCAUCGUGUAAUACCACGAUAUGGUUUAGAAUUAAUAGUUGAAGUAUUGUUGAAUGUUCGUACAGUUUCUAUUUUAUCACCUCGAUCAACUGUUAUUAGAAAACGUUUUCAUCUCCGUCAAUCAUUCGUUGAUAAACAUAAAAUUGAUUCUCGAGAAAUAACUAAUCUUAAUUUAAAUCAACAAGAAUAUCAAUUAAAUCUAAUAGUUGUUUCAAAUAAUAGAGAUAAAGCAUUAUUAAGAUUUAUUCAUAAUUUUCAACAUGAAAUACUUUAUUAUCCUGAUCAACAACAACAACAUUUUACUUUAACAAUACUUUAUUUUCAACAAAAAAAUUCAAUAAUUGAUCAAAUAUAUAAAUUAAUAGUCAGAUAUUCAACAUCUAUUCGUUUAUCAAUUAUUAAUGAAACUCAACAUGCAUAUAAUCGUGGUCUUGGUCGUCAAUUAGCAUCAAAAUAUUUUUCUAAUAAUCAAUUAUUAUUUUUUCUUGAUGUAGAUAUUAUAUUUACAAGACAGUCAUUAAUUAAUACUCGUCGUUUAAUGAUUCAUCAAUUAUCAAUAUCAUUUUGUACAGUAUAUUUUCCAAUAAUUUAUUCAUUUUUUUCAAAUAUAUCUAUUGUUAAUAAUCAUUCAAUAAAUGAUGUACGAACUAAUUUUGGUUUAUUUUCUAUUUAUGGUUUUGGAAAUGUAGCUGUACGUAAACAAGAUUUAGAUAGAAUUGGUGGAUGGGAAAUAAAUAAUCAUGAUUGGGGAGUUGAAGAUGGUAAUUUAUUUCAACAAUUUGUUAAUAUUUCAUCUGAAUGUUAUGUAUUUCGUGCUGUUGAACCUGGUUUAAAACAUGCAUAUCAUAAAAAAAUGUGCAAUGGUAUUAAAGAUCAAGCACGAUUUAACAUGUGUUAUUAUGCAGAAGUUAAUUUACUUAGAUCACAAGCAGAUAUGGUUGAUUAUUUAUUGAAUAACAAGAUUUUGAAUGAUUAA